AUGCAGACUAUCAAAUGUGUAGUGGUGGGCGAUGGUGCCGUCGGAAAGACAUGCCUGUUGAUCUCGUAUACGACUAACAAAUUCCCAAGUGAAUAUGUUCCUACCGUCUUCGAUAAUUACGCCGUUACCGUUAUGAUCGGCGACGACCCAUACACGCUCGGACUUUUUGAUACCGCUGGCCAGGAGGAUUAUGAUCGCCUACGCCCGCUAUCGUAUCCGCAAACGGACGUCUUCUUGGUCUGCUUUAGUGUCACUUCCCCUGCAUCAUUUGAGAACGUCAAGGAGAAAUGGUUCCCUGAAGUUCACCACCACUGUCCUGGCGUGCCUUGCCUCAUCGUUGGCACGCAGAUUGAUCUGAGGGAUGAUCCUCAAGUAAUAGACAAGCUUGGGAGGCAAAAACAGCGCCCUGUGACAUCCGAGCAGGGCGAGCGGUUGGCCAGAGAGUUGGGUGCUGUUAAGUACGUAGAAUGCUCAGCAUUGACGCAGAAGGGAUUGAAGAACGUGUUCGAUGAGGCUAUCGUGGCUGCACUUGAACCCCCCGUGAAGAAGAAGCCCAAAUGUGUCAUUGUUUAA